AUGCAAAACCAAAGUUUUGUAACUGAGUUUGUUUUUCUUGGUCUUUCAAAGAAUCCACAGGUUCAGAAAAUUUUAUUUGUUGUACUGCUGUGUGUCUACAUCACAACUAUCAGUGGCAACCUGCUGAUAGUGGCAACCAUCCGCAGCAGCCCUGCGCUCCUGGGAUGCCCAAUGUACUUCUUCCUGUCUUUCCUAUCCUUCACUGAUGCUUGCCAUACCACUGUUGUUGCCCCCAGAAUGAUUAUAGACUGUCUCUAUGAAAAGAAAACCAUCUCCUAUAGAGCCUGUAUGACACAGGUCUUCGCAGCACACUUCUUUGGUGGGGUAGAGUUGAUAGUUCUUACUGCUAUGGCUUUUGACCGGUAUGUGGCCAUCUGCAAACCUUUGCACUAUACUACCAUCAUGAACUCAAGGCUCUGUGGCAUUCUGAUUGGAGUAGCGUGGGCAGGGGGCAUUCUGCAUUCCAUUACACAAACUUCCAUUGCUCUUCAACUACCCUUCUGUGGUCCCAAUGUCAUGGAUAACUUUAUGUGUGAUGUGUACCCCUUAAUGAAGAUUGCCUGCACUGAUACUUAUGUCUUUGGUCUUUUGGUGGUGACCAACAGUGGUUUCUUUUGUAUCCUGAUCUUCUCCAUUUUGCUUAUGUCCUAUGGGGUCAUACUGUUCUCCCUGAGAAAACACAGCACAGAAGGACAGAGGAAAGCCCUGUCCACCUGUGGAUCUCAUAUUACUGUUGUGAUUUUGUUCUUUGUUCCAUGUAUAAUUGAGUAUGCACGGCCUCCAUAUGAAUUAUCUUUUGACAAAAUAUUGGAGGUAUUCUACACUGUCUUAACUCCUUUACUCAAUCCCUUGAUUUAUACUUUCAGAAAUAAGGAAGUGAAAAGUGCCAUGAAGAAACUUUGGAAUAGAUUAAUGACUGUUUCCAUUGAUAAAUAG